CCGAGUACGUAACGACCACUCGAAGACAACUGACCUUCUUGUAAAAAAGAACGCUGGCGCAACCUGACCUUUCUCUUUUUUGGCCAGUUCAAAACAUAGAACGAUGGCAAAGGUACGAGAAUCAAGAAAUGAGCCCCUCACCAAAGGUAUUGGCAAGUACAGUCGCUCUGCGAUGUACAAAAAGCGUGCCUUGUAUAAACGCAAGAAGACUGGGGUUAAGAAAGAAGUGAAGGAUAUCAUUAAGACAAAAGUGAAGGAAAUUGGUGGUGACAAAAAUGGAAAUACCAGAACAGUCCCUGUCCAACGAGAGCCUCGUUAUUAUCCCACAGAGGAUUGUCCUAAGAAGCUACCUAAUCGUAAGAGGGACAGACCUACCAAGCUACGAAGCUCUUUGACGCCAGGAACUGUGGUCAUCCUGUUGGCUGGAAGACACCAGGGCAAAAGAGUUGUUUUCUUGAAACAAUUACCUGGUAGUUUGCUUCUUGUGACUGGCCCUUACAAAAUCAAUGGUGUUCCCCUACGUCGUGUUCCACAGUCCUAUGUCAUUGCCACCCAAACUAAGAUUGACAUCAGUGGUGUUGAUCUGCCAGAACAUCUCGAUGAUGAUUACUUCAAACGAGAGAAACGGCAGAGAAAAAGAACUGAAGAAAUGUUUGAAGAGGAAAAAGAGGAGAUCACUGUUAGCGACAAAAGGAAGGAAGACCAGAAAACAGUUGAUGAACAGCUUGCUCCUUUAAUAUCAAAUGAAGCUCAUUUGAAGAACUACCUCAAGACUUUGUUCAGUUUGAGAAAAGGACAAUAUCCUCAUGAAAUGAUAUUCUAGAUUUGUACAAGAUUAAUCUACAAAUAAAAUCUUGCCAUUCA